AUGCAGAGGCCUAACGCUAAGCCAAUCAGUGACGAUGAAGAGGUCGAGGAAAGGGAGGACUUCGAGCGCAAUCUUGAGCCGGAAGGGUUACACCAAGUAGAAACUAUACUAGUAGAGGGUGAUCAGUUCUUAAUGCACAGCCAGACAAACGAUGUGGAGGAAGACGAAGAGCAGGAGGAGGAGGGCGAGGAGGCACCUGAAGAUGAAACAGAUUUGCUUCCACCUCCGAUAACGUAA